ACAAACCAACCAACCAACCAACAUAGUUGAUUGCUUGGGGCGACGAGAUUGGCAACUGUGCUGUAAGAUGUCUAUAACAUAAAAUGCUCUGUAUUUAAUAAUGUAGUAGAAUAUCUCCACUUUAGUGUCGUCCCAUUGGGAUUCGUGGUGGAGUAGGUUACCAACAACCCAUGCUUUGCGGGAGAUUACAUUUAACAGGGCAUAUAUACCAAAUCACUCACUGUCUUGUAUUCAUAGACAUUGCUCUCCGAAUUGUAUGCAACACAACGCACAUCCAUCUCUAUCGAUCCCCUCCAAUUAAAAAAAAGACGUUAAAGAACCUUUUUUAUAAAUAAACGUGAACAUUUCCGGGAGUGGUGAACCGAGAGGCCACAGCCAAUGAGUUGGGCUAAAUUGACUGUUACUUAUUUAUACGGCCACCCCCAUGACUACUGACCAAUGAAAAUGCUCGAAAUAGCUGACGCUAGGCUCUGAAGGUAUAAAACUGUCCGAGUUUUGUAACAAUUCCUGCCGUUUGUAAAUCCACUGCCAGGCGUUAGUACUGGCGAAUACCUGACAAUAUCAAUCCAUAUAUGUGUGUGUGUAGAAAGAGAACUAUAUAGAUCACGGACAGCGAAGCUCAUCUGCAGUAUUUAUCGAUUAGUUCUCGCUAGCGGUGUUAGCCUCUCCAUCUCCUGGCUGUAUAAGACCACGCUUCCUUGUAGACGAAGUGCUCCGGGAACUUGGAAACUUAGAACAACGUAAAUACAACGCAUCAUCGUCCUGGUCCAUCUCCCAUCGCGGUGUAGAUUGUCUUGAGUUUGUAAAACAGCGCCAUACCAAGAUUAUAGCUUUUUUCUAAUUGAAAAGUUUAACUGAGAAAUCUGAGGAGGUUAACAAGUUUUAUUCGACAAUCUAUUAGGAUUUCCUAGGAUCGCCAUGGACUUCGAGGAGUAUAGAAAGAGAGGUAAAGAGAUGGUGGACUAUAUCGCAGACUACCUGCAGGAUAUACGCAGUCGUCGUGUGUUCCCCGACGUCUCCCCUGGGUAUAUGACGAAGUUGGUGCCGUCUUCUGCCCCAGAACAUGGCGAGAAGUGGGAGGACGUCUUCAAGGACAUCGAGAGGGUCAUCAUGCCCGGGAUAACUCAUUGGCAAAGUCCGCACAUGCACGCAUACUUUCCCGCCCUGAAUUCCUUCCCGUCGUUGCUAGGCGACAUGCUGGCUGACGCUAUAGGAUGCCUCGGUUUCACAUGGGCAUCCAGUCCCGCUUGCACCGAACUCGAGACAAUUGUGAUGGACUGGCUGGGCAAGAUGAUAGAACUCCCCACCGACUUCCUUCACAGCAACGAACAGACCAUGGGUGGCGGAGUGAUACAGACCACAGCGAGUGAUGCAACAUUUGUGUGUCUCCUUGCCGCAAGAUCCGAGGCGAUCCGAAAGUUCAACGACGAAGGGUGGGACCCGGCGGAAAUCAACGCAAGGCUUGUUGGAUAUUGUUCGGAUCAGGCACAUUCUUCAGUGGAGAAGGCAGGUUUGAUCGGCCUGGUGAAGAUGAGGCUGCUGCCAAGUGAUGACAACCUCAGCCUCCGGGGUGACAUUCUACAGGAGGCCAUCGACAGGGACAGAGACGAGGGACUAAUCCCCUUCUUUUUGUGUGCAACAUUGGGUACAACUGGUGCAUGCGCUUUUGACAACCUGAAAGAAGUUGGACCUAUAUGUGAGGCGGAAGGAUUGUGGAUGCAUAUCGAUGCGGCUUACGCCGGAACUGCUUUUGUUUGUCCAGAGUACCGGAAGUACAUGGAAGGCGUGGAUUAUGCACAGUCGUUCGCUUUUAACCCGUCGAAGUGGAUGAUGGUACAUUUUGACUGCACAGCCAUGUGGGUGAAGAAUAGUGGAGCACUACAUCGAACAUUCAACGUAGAGCCACUGUACUUAAAACACGAAAACUCGGGUGCCGCAAUCGACUAUAUGCAUUGGCAAGUGCCCCUCAGUAAGCGGUUCCGUGCACUCAAGCUGUGGUUUGUUCUCAGGAUGUUUGGCGUCGAGGGCAUUCGUAAACAUGUUCGUCAUGGUGUCAGAUUGGCAAAGAAGUUUGAAAUGAUGGUGAGAAGCGACGAAAGGUUUGAAGUGCCAGCAGAGAGAGUUCUCGGCAUGGUGGUCUUCUGUUUGAGGGACGACAACGACAACACAGAGGCCCUGUUGAAGCGGCUGAACAAAUCUGGCAAACUCCACAUGGUGCCAGCAGCUUUGAAGGAGAAAUACGUCAUAAGAUUCACUGUGACGUCACAGUACACAACUGACGAUGAUUUAGAACGGGAUUGGGUCGUCAUAAGGGAGACGGCCACAAGAGUAUUAGCUGACGAGGAUGAGGUUCCGGAGGUGAAGAAAGAGAUCCUACAAACCGCUGCCCCUGAGAAACAACGCCAGGAUGAGAAUACAGGAUUACCGGAUACGAUGCAACAAACCAGCUUGAGCGGAGAUCAAACCCAGAAAUCCCACACGAAAAAGACUAGGGUGCCAUUUGCGGAAUCACUUCUAGAUCUAAAUCAGGAUACAAUAUCGUUUUAGGAAAUACAAGCAAUGUUAGCCCACCCCAAGAGUAUCAUGCUUCUGGUCUUGUGGUUUGGUUUACGAAGACGCGAGUGCGACAUGUGCCGUUUGAACUUUAUUUUUUAACCAAUGCAGGUUAACGUUAGCUGUCCUUUGUUAAAAAUCCGAAAAACGACGCACGAGUUUGAAAACGACCCACGGGGUCAGAAACGUAAUUAUUUUUUUGCCUAAUAGAGACAAUGUUGGUAAGUUAUUUGAGGGAGGAGAACUACAUUCCUUUACUGGUUGUUUUGAACAUGCCUGUGAUAGAUAGUGUAAGAACAGACAAACGGUUGUGGUACUGUGCUUUUGUAAUCUGUAUCCAUGUCAACCUUAAUUUAUCAUUUGGAUAUCUUCAGUUUAAAAAGAUGAAACCUUUAUUAUCAGAUUUUAAUAUAUACACGUAUUUUAAAACAUUUGUUUUGUAUUUUCAUAGUUAUUAUAAUGGUAUAUAAUAAUUUAUGUUAUUUUUUUAUUUUUAUUAAUAUUUUGUAAAAGAUGGUCUGUUGUUGCUGAUAUCGAGUUUUAUUCGAUCCCAGAUACUAGUAUAUGAAAGUCUUUUAAGGCGAAUUGUAUUUUCUACCUAUUCCAAUUCGAAUCCCUUUAAACAGGACUAUUACAAUAAUGUUUAUAUGGUUGGGAUUUUCGGAAUUCGGAAUCCGUGACAAUCCGUGUUCAUGGGUGGUUAUUUAAAUGACGUAGUGUUAUCUUUCAGAUAUUGAAGUUAAUAGUAACGACAUACGAACCUUGUUCCUCUAUCAACGUAACUCUCACUCAAUGAUUCAUGUAUGUAUGCAGUAUUUCUGACUUUCAACUGUUUAUCGCGAAACAAUACACACAAGCAAACCGAUUGGUAUUUCUUAAACAUCCCUGUUCUUUGUUAAAUGUUCAUAAAAAAUGAAAUACAUUUGCCGUGUCUAACAAAAACGUUUCCGAUAGAUAACGUGAACAGAACGCCCUACUUCCGGCUGGUUCUUCUCUCGCAUUGACGUUUUUCUUCUUUAAGAAGAAAGUUGAUAUGGUUUCAAGUAAGGGGCCGAUCACGACUAUUUGUUUUUCUGGGAGAAUAUUGUUGGAGACAGAGUAUAUUGCAUCGGUCACUUCUCCAAAAUAUAUAACAUCAACGUGAGAGAAAAGCCAGUCUCGAUUAUCUGUCGAAGCAGAUUUCAUUGGGCGUAAAAGACUACCGUGUUUUCUCUCUGAAACAUGCAGCGGUACAAUAUGAUUUUUCAGGACAACCAUUAUGUCGGGCGUUUUUAGUAAGCCCGGGGUAACCAUCAAUAUUAUUAUCAUAACAAAUCAAUCCCUUAACAAAUUACUAACCGUAGUGUUUUUAGCCGGGGCUUUUCAGCAAUGUUUGAUUUAAAUGGUGUCUAUGAUUUUUUGUUUGUUUGUUGUUUAACGCCGCACUCAGCAAUAUUCCAGCUAUAUGACGGCUGGUGCCUGUGAAGGUGGUCUUUUGUACAAUUGUUUUUGAAGAGAUGUUCAAUGUUGCCCCCUAGUGAUGUUUGGGGACAGUACUCCAUAAGAUUCGUUAAUCCGAAAACCUGCCACUAGGACGAAUAGUGUUGGGAUAUGUCCACUUAUAGAGAGAACAGAACUUUCUCGUUAAACCGGACAUUUGUUGAUCAGGACGAUUUGAUGGGGAUCCUACUGUCCGGAUGAACGGCGUUUCGUUGAAACUUGUAGUGUUAUGAUGUAUGCUGUUGAAGAAGUUAUUUUUUAAGUCUUUCAUUACUUUCUACACACAGAUGAGAACCUAUAAGGAACUGUGCAAUAUAGUUAUAGUAACCAAACUGAUGCAACUGUAUUUUGAUACUGGUAAGACAGCAUAUCAUUGGUGGCGACUGAAUGGGAUACCGUUGGGGUUCUGUGAUGGGAUUGGUGCCCUGCAACCUGUGCAGGUCGUAAGACACUGGAUUGUCUGUUCCUGGCUCGAUUAUUAACAGGUCACUGUCAUAAACUACAAUAUUUCUGGGGGUGGCGUUAGGAAACUAACACUCACGCAAUAGUGGCGAGGAAUUUAUCAAACUUGACCAUUUAUCUUCCAGUAAGCCAAAGAAUUGAUUCUUUGUAAUUAUUUCUGACAAAUUCAAUUUCUCUUCUGACAGAAAAAAUAAGCAUAUAUUGAAUUAUUAACCAGUAAAGUCUCACCAUCUGACCCAAGCAUGGGGAUGUACUUAGUGGCUUGUGUUAUAUAUACGUGUAUGAGGGAACAUCUACGGUUCAUCCUCGAUUAUCCAGUGAAUAACAUCUCUAUUCUAUUAACAUAUACACUCCUGACUCUUUCGCCGCCAUACAACCGUUUUGAGGACGGGUCGAAUGAUACGCCGCUAAAAAAGACGCCCAAUCACAUCAUACUGUUCUUUCUUGAUUAGAACAAGCGGCGACAUCACCAGUCCUCGGCGCGACUCCACAGGACUUCACUCAGUAAUCAGAGCUUACCUUUCCAGCUUAAAUUUCAAUUGUAACAUCGUAACAGUCUCCCGAUUCUAUGGGACGAGGCUUAGCGUUCAGAAGAGGCAUUCUGAUUGGUUGACGAGUCCAGGGUCAUGAGUAAGAGACCUCUGGUGAUAAGAGAGAUAGUGAUGGUGACGUGAAUAGCUCCAGGGUACACCUAAAUAGAAUGAAGUUAAAUACCAUGGAUAAUCGAGCAUGCUAAAAAAAUAAAUUACUAAAAAAAAAUAUUUCAAUGUGCCCGGUUAUGUUGAUAGCGGCUGACAUUCAAACCAUCUAUUUCAUUAUUAAAAAAGGUAAAAAGAAAAAGGGCGCCUGAAGUAACAAGUUUGAGUUGUCUCCCUUAACCGUGACGGGAUCCGCUGCUCAUGGGUUCGAACCCCAGUUUCGCCCUGAUAUGAUCAUUGGUCUACCGCACAUUGAAAGGGUCCCCCUGUGUCACGUUGGGCUACCCUCCCACAUUGAGUUGGUAAGUGAGUGAGUUAAAAUCUAACGUUGCAUCAGCAUUGUUUCAGCCCUAUAGCGACUCCACAUUAAGCUGACCUUCUGUGGUGAUACUGAAAUACUGUUGAAACUGGCGUUGAUCCAAACUCAUUCAGUGAAUAGCGAAAAACAAAUUUAUCCCAGCCACUGAAGACACUAUUUGUGUGAAGUUGAUCUACGAAGGAAUAGAAAAGCCAUUAGUACAUUUGUUUUGUUCUGGAAGCCAUUUUAUGACGUAACCAUCCCUUCCUCCUGAUUUCAGUCUCCACAAAUUAUGUGUGUGAUCAAUUAACGUCAAGUUGACGUUAUGGCGUUCGGAUUGACGUUUCUUGAAGAAGGAGGCACAAAUGAAUGUUAUCUCACAUCCUUAUAUUUAGAUAACGUCAAGUGGACGUCAUGGGGUACGAAUUUACGUACCUUGAUGAGGUCACCGAUUAAUGUUACCUCACAUGCUUUAUUUUCAGAUAACGUCAAGUUGACGUUAUGACGUACGGAGUGGCGUACCUUGAUGACGUCACCGAUUAAUGUUACAUCACAUCCUUUAUUUUUAGAUAACGUCAGGUUGACGUUAUGACGUACGGAGUGGCGUACCUUGAUGACGUCACCGAUAAAUGUUACCUCACAUGCUUUAUUUUUAGUCAACGUCAAGUUGACGUUAUGACGUACGGAUCGGCGUACCUUGAUGACGUCACCGAUUAAUGUUACAUCACAUGCUUUAUUUUUAGAUAACGUCAAGUUGACGUUAUGACGUAUGGAGUGGCGUACCUUGAUGGAGAAAUCACCGAUGUAUGCUAUCUCACUUACUUUAUUUUUAUGCCAUGAAAAGUUGACAGAUUGUAUUAGGGUUUCUCUGUACUUGCCAUCCUUGUAUAAUUGUCCAGAUGUUAUUAAUCAUUACUAUACAAAUGGUUAGUUUGGUGUGAUAUGCAUUGCAAAUAUGUAAUAGUUGAUAUUCUAGUAAAAUUAUGUUGGUGUA